AUGGCCAAGCAGCAGAUCAUGUUCAAAUACGUUAACGUGAUCCGUGCCAACUGGGACCGUCUAGCGGCCAGCAUCACUCUCGAGCAGGGCAAGACGUUUGCCGAUGCCAAGGGCGAUGUCCUUCGAGGACUGCAGGUUGCUGAGACCGCCUGCGGCAUCACCACGCAGAUGACGGGCGAGCUGCUCGAAGUUGCAAAGGAUAUGGAGACGAGAACUUACCGCGAGCCCCUAGGCGUUGUAGCUGCCAUCUGCCCCUUCAAUUUCCCUGCUAUGAUUCCACUCUGGUCAAUUCCGAUUGCCACCAUGACCGGAAACACUCUGAUCCUCAAGCCAUCUGAACGCGAUCCUGGCGCGGCCAUGAUCCUCGUGGAAUUGGCCAAGGAGGCUGGCUUCCCCGAAGGCGUCAUCAACGUGAUCCACGGUGCUGCAAAGACCGUCGACUUCAUCCUCGACGAGCCUGCGAUCAAAGCAAUCAGCUUCGUCGGCAGCAACCGCGCUGGAGAGUACAUCUACACCCGCGGCUCCGCCAACGGAAAGCGUGUCCAGGCCAACUUGGGCGCGAAAAACCACGCUGCCGUCCUUCCCGACUGCAACAAAAACCAUUCCCUCAACGCGAUUGUCGGAGCUGCCUUUGGCGCUGCUGGCCAGCGUUGCAUGGCCCUGUCCACCCUCGUCAUGGUCGGCGAGACCAAGGAGUGGCUGCCCGAAAUCGCUGAGCGCGCCAAGGGCCUCAGUGUCAACGGUGGUUUCGAGGAGGGCGCAGACUUGGGCCCCGUCAUCACUCCCCAGAGCAAGAAGCGCAUCGAAGAGCUCAUUGCCAGCGCCGAAGAAGAAGGCGCCACCAUUUUGCUUGAUGGACGCGGCUACACGCCCCCAAAGUAUCCCAACGGCAACUGGGUCGGCCCAACCAUCAUCACCGGCGUCAAGCCGCACAUGAAAUGCUACCGUGAAGAAAUCUUCGGCCCCGUCCUCGUCUGCCUCGAAGUCGAACCGUCGACGAAGCCAUCGCCCUCAUCAACGCCAACGAAUACGGAAACGGCGCUGCCGUCUUCACCCGCUCCGGUCCCACUGCCACCCGCUUCCAGCACGAGCUCGAGGCCGGCCAGCUCGGUAUCACGUUCCCUCUCCCCCAUGUUUCUCCUUCACCGGUUAACAAGAAGAAGUAUCGCUGCCGAUAGCGCAAACACCUUUUACGGCAAACCCCGGGUUGAACUUUUAUACCCCAGCUCAAGACCGUGA